GCGUUUUUUGCUCACCUCCUGCCGGACGGGUGCGCAUGCGCGGUGGCGGAAAGAAGGCAGCGAAGGUGUCAAAGACCAAGAUGAACCUCUUAGGAAAGCUGCCUCCCCAAGAGACGCUGCAGUUUGUUCAUAAAGUAAUUGAUGGCAUAUGUGGCCGGGCGUACCCUCGAUAUCAGGACUACAACACUAUUUGGAAUUUGUCAGAAUGGAUGGAAGUUUUAGAACAAACGACAGCAUAUUUCAAAAAUGCAGUUGGCAAAAAUGUCUCCGAUGAAGAGGCUGUCCAGCAGCUGAAUGAGUUGAGUGUUGACUGUCAAAAAGCAUUGGACACUUGCCUGAAAGGAAGAAAACAGGAUAUUCGACGGGCCUUGAUUGAAAAAACAAAUGCCAUGUGCUCUGCUCAACUCCUGGAUUUUGACUGGCAGCUGAAGCUUGCCCUCUCCAGUGAUAAGCUGUCCAUGCUACAGAUGCCACUGCUAAACCUGGAUCUGGAUAUGAGAGAGAAUGAUGACAUCAAGUUGUGCUCCUUAGAAAUGAAUAAGGAGGAGCUACAAAAUCUAAUAAAUGCAUUGGAAGCUGCUAAUAAGGUUGUCUUGCAACUGAAAUGAUCUCAGGUAUCGCCAGUGUCUCUUGGCAAUAACAAAGCAAACACAGAUUAUACAAAACAAAGAAGGGAAUUGUGUUUUUGAACAGCUGAUGUCAGCUCAUGAAAAGAUGAAGACCAAGACCUUUAACUGCAGAUGUUCCAAUAGUCAGACUCUUGAUUUAUGCUAGAUGGCAGUUAGCAGUAAAACACAUUGGGUUUAAUUUGUGGACAAGUUGAAAGGAACAUUGUUUGUCAAACCACUUGUGAAGAGUCACAAGCACUAUGAUAAAUCAGAAAUUCAAUGCUUUUUCAAGAUUCCGAAGAUACUUUGGAGUUUGACUUCUAAUGUUUCCAGCAAAGCAGAGAAGUGGCACCUCAGAAAAUGUAUUAUUUCCUUUAAUUUUGGACUUAUAUCAUGGCCAACAAAUGAAAACAACACAAUCAUUUCCAUUGUUAAAGGCAAAAUUUCUAUGUUGUCUCCAGAACUUUAUAAAAAUAUGUUUCCUUGUUCUAAUUUAGUCUUCAAAAUACAAUAGUACAGUAUCUUCUGUUACCACCUUUCAAAUGCACUGGAUUGCAACUCGCAUCCUUCCAGGUUGGCAGGAGAUACCUUGAAGAACACCUGGUUGAAAGGGGAGGCUCUGAUUGGAUAUGUCCUCGGUGAUCAGGCUGAACAUGACCAGCUCCAGAUCCAAAAAGACUGACUUGGGCCUAUUGACCAGAAAUUGACAAUGUUUGUAAAUGCAACUCACGUUGAAAUACUGAAAGCUCAUAACAGGAAACAUGUAUUCUGUAGAAUUUUAUUAGCUGUUACAUUGAGAACCACUGGGUAAGGUAGCACAAGUGACGUGGCUUUAGUUGGACUGCAAGUCUCAUUAUUCCUUUGCUGUCUAGGGUUGGUGGGAGUUGCUUUCCAACAGAUGGAGGGCCAAGUUGCUUACCCCCUGCUAUGAAUGUACCCAGAAUGGGAUGAUCAUUAACAUUCAGUCUAAUUAUCAUGUCUUUUUGUACAUGAACUGGUUGUUUU